CGAUCUCCUCUGACCAAGCUCAGUUGUAUACUUGUUCUUGCCAUCGUUCAUACACCGAAUCCCAAGAGCUUCAUCAAUUCAUUAUGCGGAAUGCUCUGUCAUUGUCACGAAUGGUGCCGAGCAGGCAGAACCUACCGGCCAUUGCAUUCCAAGCUCGGUUCUAUUCCUCUCGUGAUCCUCUGAAUCGACCGUCACCGCCACCGCUGCCUCGGGAAGCCCAACGCGAAUUUGAGGAACUCGUCAGGGCGGCGGAGACGCCUCUGGCUCAACCGUCAAGAGCGAACCCCGCCGAGAUGCGCGAGGCGCAGCUUGCGCUCCAUCCUGAUGCGCCCAAGCCAAUUGAGCCGGAAUUCGAAGGCGAAACAAAUCCUGUUACUGGAGAGCAUGGUGGUCCGAAGAGAGAGCCUGUGGGAAGGUGGGGAGAGGAUGAGGGCGAUUGGAGUUUCAAGGGCAGAGUCACCGACUUCUAGGUCGGUCCCACUGCCUUGAUCAUGAUUCCUUUGUGAAUUUCAAUCAUGUGUAGGAUGAAUUUGUAUGCUAUUCUGCCAUAUGCACUUUGCAUUUGGACUAUGUCAUGACUCCGUACCAUUGC